GUCUCCGGCGAGCGCUUCUCUGGACGGACCGGUGCACAGCCGGGUUGCCGUGGAGACCGAGCGAGCUUCGUGGAUGCCUAGGCGCUACUGAGGCCCAGCCUUCUGCUGUCUGUUUGCCUUCGGGGCUCGCAGAACCGACGCCAAGAUGAUGCUUUCAAGAGCCAAACCUGCUGUAGGUGGGGACCUACCGCACACUGACAGAAGAAAGAAGAAAGGUAGGAAGAUUCCAAAACUAGAGGAGCUACUUUCACAAAGAGAUUUCACUGGAGCUAUUACUCUGUUGGAGUUCAAACGUCAUGUUGGGGAACAAGAAGAGGAUACUAAUUUGUGGAUUGGAUACUGUGCUUUUCACCUGGGUGACUACAAGAGAGCUUUGGAGGAAUAUGAAAAUGCGACAAAAGAGGAAAAUUGCAAUCCUGAAGUCUGGGUGAACCUAGCCUGUACCUACUUUUUUCUUGGAAUGUAUAAACAAGCUGAAGCAGCUGGAUUUAAAGCUCCAAAAAGCCGACUUCAAAACCGCCUCCUCUUCCACUUGGCUCACAAGUUUAAUGAUGAGAAGAAAUUGAUGAACUUUCAUCAGAAUCUUCAGGAUGUCACCGAAGAUCAGCUCAGUUUGGCCUCGAUCCACUAUAUGCGAUCUCACUACCAAGAAGCUAUUGAUAUUUAUAAGCGGAUUCUGCUAGACAACAGGGAGUACCUUGCCCUCAACGUUUAUGUGGCCCUGUGUUACUACAAGUUGGAUUACUACGAUGUGUCUCAAGAAGUUCUGGCUGUUUAUCUUCAGCAAAUUCCUGAUAGUACCAUCGCACUCAACCUUAAGGCCUGCAAUCAUUUUCGCCUUUACAACGGCAAAGCGGCCGAGGCAGAACUCAAAAGCUUGAUGGACAACGCUUCUUCGUCCUUUGAAUUUGCUAAGGAGCUCAUCAGGCACAAUCUGGUUGUUUUCCGAGGAGGCGAAGGGGCUUUGCAAGUUUUGCCUCCCCUGGUCGAUGUCAUCCCUGAAGCUAGGCUAAACUUAGUGAUUUACUACCUUCGUCAAGAUGAUGUGCAGGAAGCUUAUAACUUAAUUAAGGAUCUGGAACCUACUACUCCUCAGGAGUACAUCCUCAAAGGAGUGGUCAAUGCAGCCCUUGGCCAGGAAAUGGGUUCAAGGGAUCAUAUGAAAAUUGCCCAGCAGUUCUUCCAGUUGGUGGGAGGAUCAGCUAGUGAAUGUGAUACAAUACCAGGGAGGCAGUGCAUGGCUUCCUGUUUCUUCCUGCUUAAGCAAUUUGAUGAUGUCUUGAUUUACCUCAACUCAUUUAAGAAUUACUUCUAUAACGAUGACAUCUUUAACUUUAAUUAUGCCCAAGCCAAAGCUGCAACUGGCAGUACCAGUGAGGGUGAAGAGAUUUUCCUUUUAAUCCAAAGUGAGAAGUUGAAAAAUGACUACAUUUACCUCAGUUGGUUGGCUCGGUGCUACAUUAUGAAUAAGAAACCAAGACUAGCCUGGGAACUUUAUCUCAAGAUGGAAACCUCUGGCGAAUCCUUUAGCCUCUUACAGCUCAUUGCCAAUGACUGCUACAGGAUGGGCCAGUUUUACUAUUCAGCCAAAGCCUUUGACGUCUUAGAGAGGCUGGAUCCCAACCCUGAAUAUUGGGAAGGCAAGAGGGGCGCCUGUGUAGGCAUAUUCCAGAUGAUCUUAGCUGGAAGAGAACCCAAAGAGACCCUUCGAGAAGUGCUCCACUUACUGAGAAGCACGGGUAACAGCCAAGUGGAGUACAUCAUCCGGAUCAUGAAGAAGUGGGCCAAAGAAAACCGGGUGCCUGUCUGAGACGGCUCUGGAGGCCUACAGAACCAGUCACCACUUUGACAUGAACUUGCAAAGCAUUUUCCUCAAGCUUACGUAAGGUGCAGGCCUCUAUUUUAUUGUUCCCUUCCCUGUUCUUCCAGCCUCAAGAUCAGUGGCUGGCUUGUCUAGACCAAGCCUCCUGGAGAUCUCAGUGCCAUAGGCCGUGCUGUGGCUCCUGUAUGAUGCGACGAGCAAUAAGACUUUGGACUUGUCUGGUGCCUUUCUUCCAAAAAUACUCACAGUACUCCUAGCUAGUUCACUGGCUUGGAGGAGGAUGGGGUAACUCUUUACAGAUGCUAGCAUCCCGUGGCGUUUUCUCCAAGCCACAAUAACGAACGCCUUUCACGCUCCAGGGUCGCCAUCAUUCUGUCGUCUUAAUUUUAGCCAUCUACCCACAUUGCCCUGUUUUACUGGGGAAUUCCAUAAAAAGGUUUAUAACGCAUCUCUGAACCUUGGGAGAGCGGAGGUUAUAAAUAGCUGCAUGAUUCUAAGAAUGGCAGGCAGGUCCUUUAGCAAACUGUCCCGUCAUUAAUAGAUAACAGGCUUGUGGGAUUACUCUUUCAGUAGUUGAAUUCUUGUUGACAGUAACAUGUUACAGUUGAGUAACACAAAUAUUGCAGUUUUUUUAAAAGGUGAGUACUAUGGAAAAAAAGUCUGUGUAGUAUAUUUAAAGAUAUUCAGGACACAAAGUAUACAAAUCUCAUCAGUCACAUCUCCAUAAUAUUUUAGGUAACGUAACAGGUAUAGGUUUUUUCUUCAUAUAUCUUGCUGAAUAAACAUCAACUUUUAAAAGUAGGGCCAUAAAGAUUAUUUUAUUUAUUAAUGUGAUGAUAACAGAAUGUGGGUCAUGUGGAGCCCUUUGUGGGAUUUCCUAAUGGCUGGAGUCUUGGUCUAAGUCAUAUUCCAGCCCCAUGUUUCUGAGCUCUCUCAACAUAAACCUAUCGUACAGCUGAGCAUUUUUAGGGUCACAACCUAUUUUUGGGCAAUAGACCCACAUGUUUUCUGUACCAGAUUACCUUUGUUUCUACAUUCUGUAAUUUUUUCUGUUCGCUAAGACACCAGUAUUGCAGGUGUAGAAAGUGCAGAGUCAUCCCUAUCCAGCAUGAGAACUGAAAGUCAUCAUUGCCUGAAGCCCUAGAGACAGAGAAUUCCUGUAAGCACCGUGUCAGCUUUUCCACCCACAUCCCCAGCAUCACUGUGGCUGCAGCCGCUGUACACAUGGCAGGGUUCAGAGCAGCUGCGGGGAGGAGAUCGGUGACCCCAGCGAACCUCUGCCUCCCAGCGAACCUCUGCCUCCCAGACAGUUGCAAGGGGUUCUUUCAGCUCUGCUCAGGAAGAUGGCCAGGUUUCCAGUCUGUUAUUUAGACCCAGAUCUAAUCAAUCCAGAGCACAAAUCAAAAUAAACUGGCCUGAAUAAGUGAAUUUUAGAAAACAAAGUUACGUUAUUUUUCAUAUGCCAAAGCUUCUAUUUCCUCAUUAUGUUGUUCAUGUUUUUUCAAUAAUUGCAUCUCGGUAUCUAAGAUACUAGGUGAGUCAGAUCUGGACAGAACCUGCUAUAAUCUUAAGAAUCCUUAUGAUUCUUACUUACCUCACUUAAAAUAUGAACAAACAUAAUAGUAGGAAAAUGCACAUGGAACCACUUUCCAGUGAUUCUUGGCAAUGAAAUUUGUCUUCCAGUUAAUUGCCGUUAUUUUCAAAUUUCCUUUACUUGGAAAGCUUUUCCACUGAUGGUGACUUACUUUUUUUUUUGGUCUUUUUUUUUGCCUUUUCUAGGGCUGC